AUUUGUUUUAUUUCAUUUUUUUUUCUAUUUUUUAUAAGAAUAUUAAAUUUUAUCUUUAUAAUUUAUUUUCUUAUAAAUAAUAUAGUAAUUUUUUUAGAGUGGGAAAUUAUUUCUUUUAAUUCAAUAAGAAUUAUUAUAUCAAUUUUGUUAGAUUGAAUAUCUUUAUUAUUUAUAAUAUUUGUUUUUUUAAUUUCUUCAGUAGUUAUUUUUUAUAGAAAAAGAUAUAUAAGAUCAGAAUUAAAUUUAAGACGAUUUAUUAUUUUAGUUUUAUUAUUUGUUUUUUCUAUAAUAUUAUUAAUUAUUAGUCCUAAUAUUAUUAGAAUUUUAUUAGGUUGAGAUGGUUUAGGGUUAGUAUCUUACUGUUUAGUAAUUUAUUAUCAAAAUUUAAAAUCAUAUAAUGCUGGGAUAUUAACUGCUUUAUCCAAUCGGAUUGGGGAUGUUUUUAUUUUAAUGGUUAUUUCAUGAAUAAUAAAUUAUGGGAGAUGAAAUUAUAUUUUUUAUUUAGAGUUUAUGAAUAAUGACUGAGAAAUAACUAUAAUUAGAAGAAUAAUUAUUAUAGCAGCGAUAACAAAAAGAGCCCAAAUUCCUUUUAGUUCUUGAUUACCAGCAGCUAUAGCGGCUCCUACUCCGGUUUCAGCAUUAGUUCAUUCAUCAACUUUAGUUACAGCUGGGGUUUAUUUAUUGAUUCGUUUUAAUAUAUUAUUAUUAAAUACAUUUUUUUUAAAAUUAUUAUUAUUAUUAUCUGGAUUAACUAUAUUUAUAGCUGGGAUUGCAGCUAAUUAUGAAUUUGAUUUAAAAAAAAUUAUUGCUUUAUCUACUUUAAGACAAUUAGGUUUAAUAAUAAGAAUUUUAAGAAUAGGAUUACCUGAUUUAGCUUUUUUUCAUUUAUUAACUCAUGCUAUAUUUAAAGCUUUAUUAUUUAUGUGUGCUGGGGUUAUUAUUCAUAUAAUAAAUGAUAUACAAGAUAUUCGAUUUAUAGGGGGUAUAAGUUUUUACAUUCCUUUAACUUCUUUAUGUAUAAAUAUUUCUAAUAUAGCUUUAUGUGGAAUUCCAUUUUUAGCUGGGUUUUAUUCAAAAGAUUUAAUUUUAGAAAUAGUAAGAUUUAGAAAUUUAAAUUUUAUGAUUUUUUUAUUAUAUUAUUUAUCAACUGGAUUAACAAUAUUUUACAGAUUUCGUUUAAUUAUAUAUUUAAUAAUUAAUGAUUAUAAUUUAAUUAGAAUUUAUAAUUUAUAUGAUGAAGAUUAUACAAUAUUAAAAAGAAUAUUUGUUUUAUUAUUUAUAAGAGUAAUUAGAGGAAGAUCUUUAAGAUGAAUAAUUUUUUCUUAUCCUUAUAUGAUUUAUUUACCUUUUAAUAUAAAAAUAAUAGUAAUUUAUGUAAGAAUUGUUGGAGGUAUUUUAGGAUAUUUAGUGAGUAAUAUAAAAAUUUAUUCUAUAAAUAAAUUUAUUUUAACUUAUAAUAUAAGUAGUUUUUUAAGAAUAAUAUGAUUUAUACCUAAUUUAUCUACUUAUGGGGUUAGAUAUUAUUUUUUAAAUUAUGGUCAAAAUUUAUUAAAAAAUAUUGAUUUAGGGUGAA